CAGAAAGACAGCUCACUAAUGUCUGGAUGUGGGAUUUCUAGUUUUAAAAUAUAAUUACUUUUAAUGAAUUCACUUUGAUUGAUGGUUCGAUAUUUCUAUUCUGUCCACCUGUAUCGUGACAAUAAUUGAACAUCAGCACUAAACGGUUUUUCUACGUGUACGUGUACUUUUGUGAGUGGCAAAUAAUUUCCGUACGAGUGUCACCACCACAGGUCACCACUUAAUGAAGAAAAUCGUGUUUCCAAUCAUUAUCUGUUAAGACUAAGUACAGUUUUAAAAAUUAAGUCGUUACUCGGCUCAAUAAUGUCGGUGACAAACAGAAAGAAAACAGUCGAAAAAGAGCAAUUACUUGAAAAUGGAGAUUCAAAUAUAAAUAAUGAAAGAAGUAAUAUUAAAGGAGAUGAAUGGAACAUAGCAGUAUUAUUAUUCUUAUAUGCACUACAGGGUAUUCCGUUAGGUCUAGCUGGAGCAAUACCUAUGUUACUACAAAAUCGAGGUAUAACUUACACUCAACAAGCUGAGUUCAGUUUUGUAAAUUGGCCAUUUAGCGUAAAAUUAUUAUGGGCACCCAUAGUGGAUGCUCUUUUCUUACCCAAGUUUGGGAGGAGAAAAACUUGGCUGGUACCUAUACAAUAUUUGAUUGGAAUUGUGAUGAUAAUAAUGUCAAGUAAUAUCACAGAUUGGCUUGGCUCAGAAGAAAAAGCUCCAACAAUGACUUUGUUGACUAUAUCAUUUUUAUUUUUGAAUUUUCUCGCGGCAACACAAGAUAUUGCUGUUGAUGGAUGGGCUUUGACUAUGCUGAAAAGGUGUAACGUUGGACACGCAUCAACUUGCAAUACAGUUGGACAAACAGCAGGUUUCUUCCUCGGUUAUGUGUUGUUCCUUGCUCUAGAGUCACCGUACUUUUGCAACAAGUAUUUAAGAUAUGAACCAGAAGACACUGGUAUAGUAACUUUAGCUGGCUUCUUACUAUUUUGGGGCUGGGUGUUUAUCGCAACUACGACACUUAUAGCACUAUUGAAACAUGAGAAGAAUGAUACUGAAAGCUCUAAUGAUGAUGAGGGGAAAGGUGUAAAGGAUAUAGUCAAUGCAUACCAACAGUUAUAUACUAUCGUCAAAUUGCCUGCAGUGAGGACGUUGGCGCUUGUUUUGUUUACGGCUAAACUUGGAUUCUGCGCAAGUGACGCUGUGUCUGGUUUGAAACUGGUGGAAGCUGGUGUUCCACGCGAAGAUCUCGCCUUAUUGGCCGUUCCUUUGGUUCCUGUACAAAUUAUCAUGCCUGUGAUCCUUGCCAAACACACAACUGGACCAGAGCCACUAUCGCUAUGGUUGCGUGCGUUUCCGCUGCGACUUUUAGUCGGACCGAUAGCCGCAGCUUUAGUCGCACUCACACCUAGCCUGCUCGGAAACGCGGGACCAUCGUACUUCUACCUCUUUAUACUUAUGUGCUUGUAUGUGUUCCAUCAGACAUGCCUAUACUGCAUGUUCGUAGCGGUGAUGGCGUUCUUCGCCAAAGUAUCCGACCCGCUUGUAGGCGGUACAUACAUGACACUACUGAACACUGUGUCCAAUUUGGGCACGAACUGGCCGAACACACUCGCUCUAUGGGCCGUGGACAGAUUGACGUAUAGAUCGUGUAGUGCUGAAACGUUGGUUGAUACUACGUGCGCUACGGAGUUGGAGACUGAGGUAUGCAAAACCAACGGUGGAUCGUGCAAUGUACGUAUAGACGGAUUCUACAUAGAAACAGUAAUUUGCCUCAUAGCCGGAUUUCUCUGGUUGCAAUGGGGAAGAAAGACCAUCAAGCGAUUGCAGCGGCUGCCGUCAAGCGCUUGGCAGAUUGCCCGAAUACGUAGAUAAGACUGAUAUAAUAAAUAAUUUCGCUCUAAAUAAAUAUGUUUUUCAAACCAUAGACUAUAAAGUAUAGAAUAAACGUACAAGUUACAAUGACAGGUCAUAAAAAUGGCGCCAAAUAAUUAAUAUGGAGAAUCGAUUGUGCGAUCUCCUCACUAUAUAGGAUCGGAACUAAUAUUAAGUCGCCCGUUUAACAUGGCUGUAUGAUCUCUUAUAAUUUUCCAUCCAUAUUUAUUAACAGCUCGUUAGAAACAAAAUCGAUUCUCUGUGGCUGUUUUAUUGUUAUAAAUUUCAAUAUAUGUAUUAUGGUAAUCACAGACGAAAUGGCUUAAAGGUAUAACCAUUCUGAGGUGCUUUAUGUUUGAGGCUAAAUGUACCACCAUGCUUUCUUUGUGAUCCUCCAAAAGGAGACUUUAAUUUUAGCCAACUGUUGGUUCGAAUUUUUAUUCAAUGAUUCGGAUAUUUAAUUUACUAUAAGCCUAAAGUUUAGUAGGCUAAAUGUUAAAAUUCCAAUUAUUUGAUGUUUAUGAUUAGUUUAAAAUAUAUAUAAGGUAUGCGAGUCGAACUCGCGCUAAAUUUUAGUUAAUUUGUAGGUUGUUUUAUUGAAUUUUAAAUUUAAGGACUCUAUAUUCUGUUUACCGUAUAGAUACGAAAUUUACAUAAAUAAUAUCUGAAUAUUUCUUUUAUGUGUGGGUAUAAUUAGAACAUAAUGCACCGCUUUAAAUACGAAAUUUUACCAUUGUUGCGUUUAUAAUUAAGUAAUAUCUUACAGAAAUUAACACUUCUCUUAAUCUAAAUAUUUAUAACAAAUAUCGGAUAAUUUGACGCACAAAAACU